AUGCUGCACAGCUGGCCCANNCAUCUGCAGCAAGCAUGCACUGAAGAGGUGGAACUGGGUUUCAUGCUAGGCCCUUACUCAGAAGAUCAGGUGACCCAGCAUUUUGGACAUUCGAGUUGGUCUUGUAUACGCCGCUUUGUGCUUGAGCAGAAACAUGGCAAGCUUAGACCCAUCGACGAUGCCAAGGAGGGCCUGAUCAACAGCGCAAACACGACGACGAUGCGACUCGACUUGGAAGACUCCGAUUACGUUGCAGCAAUGAUACUUGAGGUAGCGCGCAGGUGCAAGUCGGGCAAGGACGAGCACGGGCGGGGCCCAUGGGUUGGCCGCUGCCUAGACUUGUCGAAGGCCUACAAACAGUUGUGUGUCUCGGAGCGAGACGCCGACGUCUCGGUAAUCUUCUUCAAGGGCGAGGACGGCAUCCCGAAAUAUUACAUAAGCCGCUCCCUGCAGUUCGGGUGCACUGCAUCGGUCUAUGCAUUCAACCGUGUAUCAAAGGCCCUCUCCUUCUUGAUGUGCAAAAUGCUGCACAUACCAAGUUCAGUUUACUUCGACGACUUCCCGAUGUUCUCGCCAGACUCGACGAAAGCUUCCGCUACAUGGGCGGCCACCGCCCUGCUGGACCUCCUUGGGUGGGACCAUGCCCGAGUGGGGCAGGACUCCAAGGGGAUCCCUUUCGAAAGUUCGUUUGACGUGUUGGGAAUGACUGUGCACCUGGAAAAGGUGCACCAAGGGGAGGUUGUUCUUGAAAACAAGAAGGGCAGAAUCGACCAGCUGGCAGAGCUUUUCAAAGGUUUCCAUGAUCGGCAAGCCAUAACGGUUCACGAGGCCCAGGUGGCCCACGGCCUCCUCAACUUCUCGGCGGGCUUCGUCAAUGGCACGGUUCCACGACCUCUCAUCCUUUUGUGGGAAGAAGAGGCCUUUGCCAUCAAGGACUCAGAGGCUCCUUCGUGCAGUUGGUACGAGCGCGUACCAUCCUAUUCGAACAUCUCGGAUGGAACCUACUUCUUCGCCUUGGUGUAUCGUGACGUGGUGUCUCCACUUGCCUCGGCGCGAGUGGCAUCACAACAG